UAUAAGUGUGGAUAUUGUAUGUUUUACAUUGCAUAACAGAAUUGUGAACAAUGAAUUUCAACUUUAUUAUUAUACUGCUCGGAAUUUCUUUCACACAGACUGUGAUGGAACAAUCUGUGAUUUGGAAUGUGCCUCUCAAUUGGACAGAAGCAAGGGCCGCAUGCAGAGACACAAAAUCGCAUCUUUUAAACUUCUCUGAAAUGAAAAAUAGGCUUGAAUACUUCGAACGCAAUUUAACACUAAACAAAAAGUACUGGGUUGGAGAAACAUGGAUACCAAAACUUCUUGCUGUAAAAGGUUGUCAUUCGAAAACGAACGGAUUGUCAACGAAAACAUUUGAAAGAAACAUCCUUUCAGAAUGUGUAAAAUAUUGCGAAAAUCAAAGCGAUAUCACAAUUGGAAUACAGGGUUCAAAUUGCUCGUGUAUUGUCGAUCAAAAUCUUCAAAAUUUUGAGUCCAAUACUUGCGACAUGAUAUGUGUUUGGAACAACAUUCCAUGUAGAACAGAAAAACUUUCAUUUGCAGUAUAUCAGAUUACAAGGGAUGAUCCCCAACUCCUCCCAGGGAAACUGUUCCACGAUUGUGUUUAUUAUGAUAAGAGAUAUAAUUUUUCAAGAGACGAUUGUAAUAAGAAGCACCCUUUUAUUUGUCAAGAUAAAAAUGGAAAGUUAAAAUUUAAUGAUAUCCCAAGCACAUGGAUGGAAGCAAGUGAAAUCUGUUUUAAAGAAAACAGGAUUCUCGCUAAUAUAAACAAAAAUACUAUGUCUCAAAUGUCUAGAGACAAUAAUGUUGACUACAGUAAAUACUACUGGAUUGGAUUAAGACAAUCGUACGUCUAUCAAACAGAUGUGGAAUCAUCUCGAUGUUCAUUUAUCCAAAAGUAUAAUUCCGAAGACCUAACUUAUUCGAAAGAUUUAUGCUCGGAGGAAAACCCAUACCUUUGUUUAAAAGAUCCUGCAAGGACAGCAUCAUCUACAAAAACUGUUCGAAUCAGCAAUAGCUCGAGAAAUACUGUUGGAGGUAUAACAAGAGAUGAAAACAUUGAAACAACAAAUAAGAUCAGUACACUAACGGUCGCUGGAGGAGGUGUUGGAGGAGAUGCAAAUUACCAGAUGGAACUCCAAAGUGAGUCAGCAAAGCAUGAGCGUGGAAGUGAUUGGAAUGAAGGUUCAGGUGUCCUUGCUGGUGUAAUAGUUGGGAUUAUCGGGACAGUUGCUAUAGUGGUGCUCGUUGUCAUAUGCUUGUUUUUCAGAUCCAGAAAUAAAAAUUCCGGGUCCAAAUAUCAAUCCCCAACGGUCAUCUUCUCCAGCACUCCAAGGCGUGAUAGUAAACUCCCAGAGGACAAAUCGAUGAAAUCGUCCCCCAUAAAACCUGUAAGGAGGUCAAAGAAAUCCAACCCAGGCUCUAUGUCGGGGGGUACAGCUUAUGAAAAUAUUGUACUUACAUUAGAAGAUCCAAAAACGAUUUCCCGAGUUGUAAGUUCAUCUUCAACAGCACAAAAACAAGACACGAAAGAUGUCGAAAAUAGUUAUGACGUCAUGGGUGCAGGCAAAAACAAUAACCCGAGUGGUACCAGUCAGAGCGUUUAUGGGUUUAGUGCGCCAGAUAAUGAAUAUGACGUAAUGGAUAGGGGUACAAGACGUAAUGAAGAAAUGAAUCCUGAUUAUGAUCACAUGUGACGAAAAAGAUUCAUAUGAGAGAUCAUUUCAUUGAUAAAUAACUUAAUUAUUCAUGAUAGGUUUUAAUUUAUGUUUACAUUUUUUUAUUACUACAUAUACAUGCCUUUUAUUGUCAAGGGGGCAUAACAUGUUUGCAGUGAGUGAUUGCAUGAAUCCUAUGAAGAAUAUAAUAUGUAUAAGAUCAUCAAGAAAUAUUUUGAAAUGUUCAUGUCUGUGUGUCAGAGGAUGUAAGGGUGUAUGAGAGUGUGCAUUUGUCUGGGAAAAAAGUAUCUGAGGUUUUUAAGUAAUGGAAGUCAAAUGGAAUAAAUGUGUAAACUGAAUUUUUAUUACCGUAUAAGUGGAAAAUUUAGCGAGACGCAAAUUUAGCGAUUUGUCCUUAAAAACUGGUAAUUUAUUUCUAGCGAGAUGUUAUUUUAGCGAUUUUAAAAUGCACAUUUAAAAAGCUAUUACAAAUAAAACGCAAUUAAUUUUUAGCGAUAUUCAAUAUUAGCGAUCACGACUCCCUCGCUAAUAAUGCCAAAAUUAAAUCCUCGCUAAAAAUUCUACUUAUACGGUAUUCUGACCAUUGUAAAAGGAAUGACUUUUAAAGGAGAAAACCAUUUUGUUUAAUUUCAAUUUACAAGAUGUGCAUGAUGGUAUACUGAAGGAAGAAAUGUUCAAAAACAACACAAUGCAAGAAUGAUUGUUUUUUUUAAGAUGCUCAUUUUGGUACUUAUGAUUGAAAGAUAUUCUGUUGACAUUUAAUAUUUAGGAUAAAAAAACGAAAUGUCAAAAUAAUCUAACUCAAGAUGAAUGAUUAAACCAAGGUCGCUGUCA